AUUACAUGGUGUAUCAACUCUGCAAGAUAGCAUGGAAUUUACGGAUGAAACUACGAUCCUCAAUUAUAAUGAUGACCUCAUCUUUCAUCCAGUAUAUUCACCAAAAACCCACGCUUUAGUUUCUAUAGAAUCC